CGGAAUAUAUAUAUAUAUAUAUAACGAAAAUGUACUGAAUUAAGUAUAGAUUAAUUCUAUAUUUAGUUUGUAUUUAUACCAUUAAAAAAAUAAAAUUAUCUAAGAAAUGUUUUUGAAAUAAAAAAAGAAUAAUGGAAAACUAUUUUGUUAAUGCUAAAAUAAUAAAAGAAUAUGAACAAUUUCUUACAACUGGUUGUUCGAAAUUUGAUACAUUACUUCAAGGUGGUAUAACUAAUCGUGGUAUUACACAAAUUUAUGGAACUGCAAGUACAGGAAAAACACAAUUAGCUUUACAAUUAUGUUUAACAGUUCAAUUACCUAAAACAGAGGGUGGUCUUGCUGCUGGUGCAAUAUAUAUUUGUACUGAAUCUAUAUUUCCAUCAAGAAGAUUACAAGAAUUGAUACAAAAAUUGGAAAUUACCAAAAAACAUGGAAUAAAUGGUGACUUAGUAUUUGUAGAACAUAUUUCUACUAUUGAGGAAUUGGAGAUAUGUUUGCUUCAUAGAAUUCCAACAUUAAUAUCUGUACAAAAAAUAGGAUUAAUAGUUAUAGAUUCAAUUGCUGCUCCAUAUAGAGUAGAAGAUUGGAAAGAUGAAUCUAAUAAUAGAGCAAAAAGUUUAAGAAUAAUUGGACAACAAUUACACAAGUUAUGUAAAAAUAAUAUUUGUGUUGUUUGUAUCAAUCAGGUAACAACAAAUAUAUAUAAUAAUGUACUUAGUGAUAAUUUAAAUGUACGACCAACAUUAGGAACAACAUGGUUAAGUAUGAUGACUACUUCUAUACAAUUUUAUAGAAUAGAUUCUUUGAGAUAUGCCUGCAUUAAAUUAUCAUCAAAUUUACCAGAACUAAUUAUUCCAUUUGAAAUACAAGGAUGUGGGAUUAAAGCAUUAGAUUGAAUAAAAUAAAUUGAAAUAAAUUUUUAAUGUUGUGUUUAUAAUUGCAUAAGUUUGGAAAUAUCAGAAAAUACAUUUUCAUCUAAUAUUCUAGCAAUAUUUGUUGGAGACCAUUGAUUUCUUGGAUCAGAAGCUACAAAUGGAUCCAUACUUCUUAUAUCUAAAUUUUCAAUGUCAUUAUUUAUUAUCAACCUUUAAAAAAUUAUAAAAUAAAAUAUUUUAAAAUAUAAUACAUUUAUAUAUAAAUAUUUUAAAAUAAACACAUUUUUUUAA